AUGGUUUGGAUAAAUUCAUUAGCUGUCUUAACAGUAUUCACACUUGGUUCAUGUGCACCAAUAACCAAGAAUUCAACUCAACAAGAUUUAAAUACACCAAUUGUUCAUAUUAAAAAUGGUUCAAUAACUGGUGAAUUUAUCCAAAAUUUCAAUCAAGAUGCUUAUUUGGGUAUCCCAUUUGCUGAACCUCCUUUGAAAAAACUAAGAUUUAAACCACCUCAACCAUAUAAUCAAUCAUGGUCAGAAAUUAAAAAUUUUACACAAUAUGGUGAUGCUUGUAUUGCAUCAAGUGGCUCUUCAACAUUACCACAAUCUGAAGAUUGUUUAACUUUAAAUAUUGUUAAACCUCAUGGUUGGGAAAAUGAAACUUUACCAGUUGGGAUUUGGAUUCAUGGUGGUUCAUUUACUGAAGGUUCUGGUGUAAGUGGUGCUUUUAAUUUAUCAUGGAUUGUUCAAAAUUCUAUAGAUAUUGGUAAACCUUUUAUUGGUGUUACUAUAAAUUAUAGAUUAAAUGGGUUUGGUUUCCUCAGUUCAGAUGAAGUUUCAAGAAAAGGUUAUACAAAUAUUGGUCUAAGAGAUCAAAUCCAAGCUAUUGAAUGGAUUCAUGAAAAUAUUGCAGGUUUUGGUGGUGAUCCAAAUCAUUUAGUCUUAUGGGGUGAAUCUGCUGGUUCUAUAUCAAUUGGGAAAUUAUUAAGUCAAGAUAAUUAUUUAGAUGAAGAAUAUAUUAAAGGUGCUAUUAUGGAAAGUGGUCCAAAUGUUUUCCCAAAUAUUAAACCUGCAGCUACUGAACAAAAUCAAGAAGAUUUCCUAAGUGUUGUAAAACAUGUUGAUUGUUUUGAUAAUGUUACUGAUUAUCUUGAAUGUUUAACAACUGUUGAUGCUAAAAAAUUACAAAAUGCUUUUAAUGUUUCAAAUGGUGUUGUUGACGUGGGUUUUAAUUUCCCUUAUAUUGAUGGUGAUGUUAUUCCAAAAUCAAGUUAUGAAGUUUUGAAAAGUGGUGAAGGGUUCCUUAAGGUUCCAAUCUUGAUUGGUACAAGUACUGAUGAAGGUUCUGCAUUUGUUAAUAGAACUUUAAAUUCAACUGAAGAUGUUGUAAAAUAUUUGAAAUUCUAUUUACCAAAUUUAAAUAAUCAAACAAUUGAAGAUUUAAUUUCAUUAUACCCUGCAAAUAAUUCAGAAACUAUUGUCCCACAAGAUCCAACUUAUAACACUAGUGCUAUUACAUACCCAUCAUCAAUCGUUGGUAAACAAUACAAAACUUUAGCAUCAAUGUAUGGAGAUAUAACUUUUAUUGCAGGUACUAAAAUAACAUCAAGACUUUAUUCUGAACAUAAGAUCCCAGUUUAUAAAUAUCGUUUCAAUAUCCCAGCUUUACAAAUUGCCUUUUUACCAUUCCUUGGUGUCACUCAUGCACAAGAAAUUCCAUAUGUGUUUGAUAAUCAAAAAACUUCAAAAACUGCAGAUGAUGGUACAGGUUUCUUCCCAGAUCCGAAAGCUUCAAAAAUUGCAAAUACAAUGUCCAAAGCAUGGGUUAGUUUUAUUCAUGAUCUAGAUCCAAAUAUCUCUAAAGACGUUAAAUUACAAGCUGAAUUACCUGAAUGGCCUCAAUAUAAAGUUAAUUCAACAACAAAUUCUGGUGAAAAUUUAGUUUUUGAUUUGAAUGGGAUUUAUGUUGAAGAUGAUGUUGUUAGACAUAAACAGAUUGAUUAUAUUGAAUCUGUUAUUAGUCAAUUGAAUACUUAG